AUGUGUGUGCGUGCGCGUGCGCGUGCCGUCCCGCAGGUGGUGGAGGUGGUGCAGCGCUACGACGACCGCUGCGUGCCGGCCGGCAAGGACGGCGUGGCGUACAUUCAGGACGCGUCUAUCCCCAAGAAGUGCGACAUCCAGAUCACCGUCAUUGUCCCCGGUUCAUGCCUCCCCUACCUCAUGCCCACAAGGCCCUCUCUACUCCCCUGCUCUCCUACUGCUGGGCGGUGCUGUUGCAUGGGGCGGUGCUGUUGCAUGGGGCGGUGCUGUUGCAUGGGGCGGAGCAGGUACGUGAAGAGCCGCAGUGACAGCCAGCUGCGGGGCACCAACAUCAGCGGCAGCGACUUUGACGUGUGCCAGCCCGAGGCGUACCUGUGGGACAACACAUCGUCGCCCAUCCGGCCGUGCGGGCUGGUGGCGUGGUCGCUGUUCAACGACUCGUACGCCAUCACGGACGCUAGCAGCGGGCAGCAGCUGGCCAUCGACAGCAGCAACAUCGCGUGGCCCAGCGACCAGAGCGGCAAGUUCGCUGGCGUGCCCCCGGAGAACUUCAACACCGUUGCCGACCUGCGCGGCGGGGCGCAGCUCAACACACUCCUGAAUCAGUCGCAGAAUCUGAUGGUGUGGAUGCGCACGGCAGCGCUGCCCACGUUCCGCAAGCUGUAUGGGCGCAUCAACACGCCGCUGGAGGCGGGCAGCACGCUGGCUGUGGUGCUACAGAACAACUACAACUCCUACCAGUAUGGCGGCCAGAAGGCCCUCGUCCUCUCCACCGCCAGCUGGCUGGGCGGCGCCAAUGGCUUCCUGGGCCUCGCCUACCUCACAGCUUUUGUCUCCAAGUGA